UAUUGGGUCCCACGUAGGCGAAGUUCGUUGCUCCUCGAUGGUAGAGUGAACGACCACUUCGUCUCAGAAUUCUAUACUUACUAAAAGAGCUCAGGUUUCUGUUUCUUUUCAAAACUAUCUGCUUCUCUGCAACGGUGUAAUCUCUAACUUAUUUACUUUCUGUGAAAUGCUAUCAAGUGGGGUUAUAAGGGUCUAAUCUCAAUUUCCUUCAAAGGGUUUGUGCAUUUUUAUUUCUUUUUCAACUAUGGCAUCAUCUAGCAGUAAUACUCAUAAUGAAGCUGCUAAAAUGGAACAAGUUAUCACUGAAUUUUUUGCUAAAAGUCUCCACAUAAUACUGGAGUCGAGGUCUCCUUCUAUUUCAUCUCGUAAUUACAGUGGUGAACAAGCUGUAUCAUCUCCGUCUUCAUCUUCGUCCUCCUCUUCAGGUGUCAGGCCAAGAGAUAAAUGGUUCAAUUUAGCCCUUAGGGAAUGCCCAGCUGCUCUUGAGAAUCCUGAUAUCUGGCGCCGGGGCAAUCUGGAACCAAUGGUUGUUGAUGUGAUUUUGGUGCAGAGACCACUUGAUUGGGACCCAGUAAAUUGUUCCCUGAAAAAAGAUUUUGCUAGGAAUCCUUCCUCAAAGGAGCAUUAUGCUUUUAGUUGGAAUUCUGAUCAAGAAGAGUUACGAUGUGAGGCUAAGACUGAAAAAACUAUAGAGAGAUGGGUACUGCAAUAUGAAAGUAGGAGAUCAAGGGAUAAUGGUACGGGCAAUAGAAGAUCAAGUAAUACUUUAAAUAUGUUGUAUAAGAAAUCAAUAUUACUUUUGAGGUCUUUGUAUGCAACUGUUAGGCUUCUACCUGCGUAUAAGAUUUUCCGUGAUCUCAAUUCGUCUGGACAGAUUCGCACAUUUACCCUUACUCACAGGGUUUCUUCUUUUGUUGAGUCCUUCACUUGCAAGGAAGAGGCUGAAAUGCAGCGAUUUGGGUUCACUCCUGUGGAUACUUCCUGUGGUAGGCUUUGCCUUUCAGUGGUCUAUCGUUCAUCACUCUCAGAUAUAAGCUCUGAAUCCUCAACCCCAAUGUCCCCCCAAUUUAUCCCUGAUUAUGUUGGAAGCCCAUUGGCAGACCCACUGAAAAGGUUCCCCUCUCUUCCUGUGUCUCACGGUUCUCCAUCAUCCUUGCCAUUCUCGAGACCACAUAGUUGGAGUUAUGACCUUUAUAAAGCUUCUGCACCUUCAAUUUCUUGCUCACCAUCUCCUACUCAUUCAGAAUCACAUGCAUCAAUUUCUAAUCCAAGUUCCCGUCGGUUCCCUUCUACGAACUUGCCGCCUCAUCCACCUGAAACAUCUUCAGUUCAUAAGAAGAAUAUGGGCUUUGAUGAGUAUUGCCCUUCCCCUAACUUUACACCCUCCCCAUCGCCAUCACCACCAAUCUAUAUUCCUGGGAGUGGGAGUCAUCUUUCUAAGGCUCUUUUACAGUCUGAAAGUGCACCAGUUAGCAUACCUGCAGGCAAACUUGCUAGUUCCCCUGUGUUGUGCAACAAGCAAAAUUUGCCUCCAUCUCCUAACCUCAAAGGUACCAGAUCCAGUAAUCCCAGGACUGAUUCAAGCACAGGUUUUGUUCAGACUGGCGCAUCAAUUGAGAAGUUGUCCUCUCUUGGAAAAGAUGAUAUUAGAAAGUAUUUGGGGGUGAAGACAUCAUCCAACAGCUCUCCACAAAUUUCAUUUUCCAGAAGUUCUAGCAGGUCUUUUCAGGAUGAUUUUGAUGAUCCUGACUUUCCUUGCCCAUUUGAUGUGGAGGAUGAUGAUAUGACAGAUCCAGGUAGCAGGCCUCAAUCAUUUGAUCAGAGAGGCCUUUUGUGUGAUCCACUUGAGCGUGGAGGACUCUUUCCAAUUAGAAAAUCGCAAGAUGCAGCUGUUGGUGCUCUUGUACGAAUGCUGAAGAAAGCACCUCCUCUGCGCCAAGACUUCUCCAGUUCAGUUGAUUUGUUGCAAGACUCCAGGUCUAAAAUGCCUAGAUGCAGCAUCCAAGAGCAUAUUCAGAUAUCUGAGGCACCUGUUAUUCAGCAGGCUUCUUCAAGUAAUGCAUCCCCAAGGCUUGUUGCAUCAAAAACAACGGCUGAUGCAUUGGAAGAGCUUCGGGCUUACAAAGAGAUGAUGAAAGAAUUGUUGCUUACUCAAGCAGGUAGGUCCAAUACAUCAGCUAAUCAUACUUCUAUGCAAAAGCCUGAAACUAGCAGUGCAACUGGUUGAACUAAUGUUGAUACUUGCACAUAUGUACAGCAUAAUGGUUUAUGAGUUUCAUGGGAUACGAAUGUUUUAUUACCACCCAUUUCUUCUGUAUAUAUGAGGUGAUAUGAAAUGAUGAUGAGUGAAGGCUCAUACAAAAUCGAAAGGGUUAUAGCCGACUUUAAUCCCCUUAACUUUUGUCGGUAACUGCUUAAAAUGUUGAGAGCUUGGCUUCUGCGCCUUGCAUCAAUGAUCUAUUUCUUUUUUUAUGCUGUUCA